GACAGACCACCACGAAUCUAGGCGGAUGCUCUAAAGUCGUUUCGGCCAUACUCCGCCGUGCUUCUCAACCGGAAGGAAACCCACCUCCGCCGGGAAAAGAAGAAUGCCCGGUCCGGGCCCGCAUAUGAUCUACACGCUCGGAUCUGGGCAGGCCCUGACAAGCAUAUCCAACGGCCGGUUCAGCCCGCACCACUGUCUCACCUACUGCAUCAAUUCCUUCUUCGGGCCGGACAUCGGGUCCUUCUGCGAGUGGUUAUCGUCCACACUUGGUCUGGGCGGGUAUUUGGGCUCAUCCAUUGAGCCAUGGAUCCACGACCCAUUCUACUACAUCCUUAUUUUGGGCUUCCCGCUUUCCCUGCUCUACAGCAGAGCCUCCAAGUUUCUGCUCCGCAAAGGGUUUCUUGAUUCCAUUUCUGGGGUGCCUCUUACAAUGAAACAAUGCUUUUUGUUAGUGGCUGCGGGUUCUAUGUCACAUUUUUUCUUGGAUCAUUUGUUUGAGGAAAAUGGGCAUUCUUCCAUGUAUACUUGGAUAUUGAGCACAGGUUGGUGGGACGGCCGAGCUCCCAUUAAUCCGGAUGCUGUUGUAAUACUUAGCCUUUUGUGCAUAUUCUUGAUUGGCGGCUUCAUUUACAUUAACAGAGUGAACACUCAAAAACAGCUCAAGAAACAGCACUAUCGGUGUGUUAUACUGAUCCUGCUAGUCUCAAUCUUGUAUUGCAUAUGGUGUGGUAGCCAAAUAUACGUGGUGAGCCCUCGUCGACCCCCGGUUGGGGAAGAAGCCGAUUUAGGGGUUCUUGUGUUUCUUGGCUUGUAUCUUUUCCUUCCCCAGUGGCUGUGCAUUCUCUCCAUGAACCCAAGGGAUUUGCAGACAUCAGAAAUGCUGCCACUCUGAGGAGGGUACAAAUUACAGUGACAAUUCAACCAAAGCUUCUAAUGUGGAAUGUGUAUUUAUAGACAUUACGUUGAUUUUGUUUUUAUUAUGAUUUAGUCACGAAAUGAUAUCCGAAUGCUAUUUGUUUCGGAGGAUGAUCUUCUUCCUAAUAUAUAUCAAUCAAACAGUAAGUUUGUGUAAAAGAUUUCAAGUGAAAUACUACCAUACCCUUUGGGGAGCAAUCAUAAUGUUGGGAAUUUUA